AUGCGGCGGGCUUCGUCCGAAACGCGAGAAAAACUUUCGCAUGAUAAAGAGAAAAAGAGAGCAAUUAGCCAUAGUGACCAGAUAGCAACUUCAGGUUCCAGGCUUUUUGAAUCCAUUCGAAACAUUGGUAGGCUUAGGAGUGUUGUGCAAUUUAGCUCGCCGCAACGCAGUAGCGAGUUUGCUGAGAGAUAG